AUAACCUACGCUCUUCUCCUUUUCUGCUCCAUCACAUUUGAUGUUUGGCCUCCAUGAUGGAUCCCUUUCCGCCCAUCCUCAGCCCUCAAUCGCCCGUGACGCCGCCGUCCAACGUCUUCCGGCCCCGCCGAUCCGACGACUGGCACGAGUAUCGCGAAAUCAUCGAGCAACUCUACCGCACCGACCAGCUGAAGUUACGCGAUGUGAAACGUAUCAUGGAAAGGGACUAUAAGUUCUUCGCUUCAGAAAAACAAUACAAAGACCGUCUUGCUGCCUGGCAUGUGCGAAAAAACAUCAAGGCCGAAGAAGUCCACGUCAUGAUCCGCAAGCAGAAAAAGCGUGCCGCCCGUGGCAAACAGACUGCCUUUCGUCGCAGCGGCCAGGAAGUCGACCAGAAGCGCAUCGCUCGCUUCGUCCGUCGCUACGGUUCAUCCUGGAAUCAGAAACGAGAUAAGGAUGCCGAACUACAAAGCCCCGAGCCACCAACUCCCUCCGAUAUGACCUGCUACACCCCCGAACCAGCUGAAGAAGCCUCAGUGGUGACGCCGAGCUCCCCGCCAGAAGUACAGUCUCCGUCGCGCGAGACGCCUAAUUAUCAGAUGAAUUUCGACCCAAAUCAAAUCCACACCCUCCCCGACCUCGUCAUCGACGACGACUCUCCCUACUCUAUGGAUCUUCACUCCAAUCCUUCUCACCCUCAACGUCGACCCUACCACCCAACAGACCCGGCAACUCAUCCAGUCACAGGUCUUCCCCACCCAGUAUCACACCCAGGACCACACUCCAUCGCAGCCCCGGGUCCUGCACAUCCGCAUCAUCAUCAUCAUCAACAUCAUCAUCAUCACCACCACCACGCCCACCACCGAGACGACGUCGACGCUCCAGGCGAGGUAGUCGCGCACUCGGACGACUGGAACAGACUCGACACCUUCCAAACCCGCCUCGAGGGCCUGCAGUACACGCUCGAUCGGACCAUGUCCAAGUGGGCGCGUGAGCAGGAUCCAAACCAAGAGAUCAGUCACCACGAGGGACUGGGACUGUGA